CAUGUUCGAAAUAUUCACGUAUCCGUGAAUUUUUUUUUAAUAUGUUACAUUUGGAAUUUGAUUAUUUCUGACAGAGUAAAGCGAAAGAGACACAAAUUUGUCUCCCAUUUAAUAUAAAAAAAUAACCAGGUUGCCUAAAACUAAAAGAGAAAUAGAAUAUUAUUCCUGAUUUUUUUACAUUUAAUUAAGUUUUCCUGAAAAUUGUAGUGUAAUAAAAAUAUCGGUCAUUAAAUUUUAGAUGGUUUCGGUGGUAAAACUAUAUUGUAGGUAUCUUCAAUCGCAUAAGCCAAUAAAUAUGUUUUUAUUCAGUUAUAGAUCGAGCUAGAAGGACAGAUGAAGGGAAGCGGUGGUGCAGGACGGGCGAGGAGUUACGUAAACGAGACAUGCGCAGUGGUAGCGGCGCGGGUCGAUAGGCGCGGCACUGCGCGAUGUCAGUCGCGAACCAGACGCCUCGAGCGCCCUACUAGCCUACGCCUGUUUCCGUGUCUUUCUAUUGCGAUGAAGCAAAUAAGAGAGUAUUCCUUAAUUACAUAUAAUGCUAAAGCUACCCAAAGGUCUUAAAAAGAAGAAAAAAGGAAAAAAAUCAAAGCGGAAAGGAGAAGAAGAACUCUUUACUGAAGAGGAAUUAGAGAAGUAUAAAAAAGAACAUCAGCAAAAAGCUGAAAACGCUGGUAGUACUACAAAGGAAAAUGAAGAAUGGUCUAAAUUUAAAGAUUUAACUACUGGUGUAGAUUCUGUACUAAAAAAAACUCAGGGUGAUCUUGAUCGAAUAAAGUCAACAUCGUUUUUUCAACGAGUGACUAUUAGAAAUGAAAUAAAGCCAGCAGAAAAGGAAAAGCCGGUCAGACCAGUAGUUGAGGUUACUGAAGCUGACUUUCCCCAUCUUGCACAGGCUAGGGUCGCAGAGAACGACGAGGAUAAAAGUGAUUACGGUGUAACUGAUGAUGAGUCUGAAGAGGAAGAUGAGGAUUAUGAUAUUUUCGACACGUCUUAUAUAGAUGCUGUUCAGCGAGGAGAAGUAAAACUAGCCUAUGUGCCAGAUUCUCCAGAAGAAAACCAAGACGACGACAUAUUUGAUACAUCUUAUGUUAAUGCCAUAAUAAAAGGUCAAGAAGUAAAGUCUUCAAAGGGUAAAAAAGAAUUGGAUAUCGGAAUUGCUGUAGAGGUUCUCACUGGACGUAUUGAUAAUGUUAAAGUUACGACAAAAAGAGCUAAGAGGACUAUACCUGGUGAUUUGUUAUUAGAGAGCGACGAUAAGAACGCUUCAGCUGUAUCGAGUUAUGUAAUUGAGGAGCCUGUGGAAAAAAGUAUUUUAGAUUUUGAUGCUGAUAUACCCAUAGCAACACCAAUAGAUUUAAGUACUUCUUUAGUCGAACACAUCAAAAAGGAAGUACCAAAAGAUAUUCAAACCGAAGAUACUGUUAAUAAUUGUGAAGAUGAAGUUGAUGAAUUUACAUUGUUAGCUGCAGAAUCUCUUGAAUGCAAAGUAGAAGUAUCUAAACUUGACGAAAGUGAUAUUAAUAUCGAACCAGUACUACAAGAAGCGUGGUCUGCUUUUGAAGCGAAUUCAAAAGAAUCAGUUUUUGCGGAAGGAAUAGUUGAAGACCAACUUGAUGUUUUAGAUCCAUACAUCGAUCAGGAUGACCCCUUUGAUACCAGUUUUGCUGAUGCUAUUAUUCCGCAGGCACAGUUCAACAACACUCAAGAAGUAGUUUUAGAGGAUGAUGACGACUUUGACCCCCGCGCAGACGAAGUGCAAGUUAAACUAAAUAACAGGAGAAAAUCUUCUGUACGUAUUCAUUUGACGGAUCCUUCUGGGAUUAGAGAGUCUAUAACUUCUGAUGAUAUUAUUGAUAAUAAUUUGAAUAAACCUGGACGUGACUUGUUAGGUGGCAGCACUACAGAUCUCACACUGCUAGCUGAUUCUCCUCUGAACCCAAUCGAAGUCGAUGAAAUAGAUCCAUUUGAUACAACAAUAGUCGAUAAAAUUGUUGCGCCUGGAAAGGUUGAGUUAAAAUUACUUGAAAAAGAGUUAAUAGAUUCUACACCUGCAGUAAUCUAUAAAGUUCCUAGUGAUCCAGACUUUGAUCCUCGCGCAGACGAAACAGAAGAAAGAAACUCUGUUAGACGAUCGUCUCGUCCAGAAAAUUUAACAGUCAGCAAAAGCGUUGUAUUUAACGUUGACGGCACUGAAGAAAAUUCUUGCUUUGAUAAACAAUCUAAGCCAAAUAAGCCUUUAACGCCAUAUUACACGCGAGAACUAUCUAUCUCAGAGGACUUAUCCGAGGAUUUCGAAGCUAAAGACAAAAUCUCUAACGUUUUACAGCGGACACGUUCUGAUGACGAUUUGUCCUCUCAUAAUAUAUCAGUAAAUACUAAAAGACGCUAUUCUGAAUUUCCCCAGACUGGCACAAAGGACUUCCCCACUGAUCUACUUCAGAGUGAGGGUCUUGAUAUUAAAGUAAAAGUUUUAACCCCAGCUGGUGUCCCGAGUGAGGAACAAACAUUCAGUACUGAAUCAGAAGAUCCAUUUGACACUUCAUUCGCUAGUGACAUCAAACCAAGCAAAACAGAAUUAAGACUAUUGGCUAAGGAGUUUUCUUGCGAAGAUUCUACUGAUUCGGAGACAAAGGAAAAUAAAACGUUACUAGAAACAGAAGACGAUCUUUUCCAGAUAAAGGCACUCACGCCUGAACCUUCAGAUAAUCUAGAAGCAGGUAUUCUAGAUUCUGAUCCAUUUGAUACAUCUUUUGCCAGUAAUCUGGCUCCGGGGAAAACUGAAGUUAAUAUAAAUGAACCAGCAACUCCCAUUACUGCUGAAGUUCUUAAUCCUUUUAUGAUGACCGCCAAUAAUGACCAAGAAGACAUGGCUGGAGGCGAUAAUCCAUUUGCUGCAAGCAAUCCUUUUUCUGAUUUUGAAAAUAGUUAUGAACCACCCGUGGGUGAUACAGUUCCUACAGACAUAUUUGGCAAUUCUGAGCCUAUUAACAUUGGUGCUAAGCAAUUCGAUGAUAACAGUUCUACAAACAUUUUCCAUCAAAGUAUCGAAGAACCUUUAUCAAACGACAUAUUUGUCAAACCAACAGAAUUAGAUCUAGUUUCUAAUAAAGUAAAUGAUAGUUUCACACCAAUCAUUACAACUGACAAUCAAGAUCUUGUAAGACCAGUUCCACAAGAAACUCAAAAUUUGAUUCUUAGUGUCACAGGCCAAAUGGAGUUUACUAGUUCACAUUUACUUAAUCGUAUACCGCCCACAAGAACGCCGAGUCCAGUUUCGGUUCGUGACAUUCAUUCGCCAAGUCCAACGCCUGAUUUAGACAUGUUAGAAGAUUCACAAGGGGCAGAUUCCAAUGUUGAUCUGAGUUUGGCUCAAUCCAGACCGGCGAGACCACCUCCGGUUCGCCCUCCUCGACCGGCUCCUCCACCUAGACCACAGCUCCCACCACCAGCCCAAGCUAGCUCGCUAGUUGAUGACAUUAAUCUUUUUGAAGCUCCUGUGCCAGUUGUAGUGAAACCAACUAAAGAAGCAAUACUGAGCUUAUAUGCAGCCCCUAAGAAGGAAGAAAAGCCUAUUGAUUUUUUGAGUGAUGAUAUAAUAGAUUUAUCGUCCAAUUCGGAACAAUCUUCAAAUAUAGUACCAACCUCAAGUGAACCUACAAAUGAACCAGAACAUUUAUUAUUUACUAAUUCUUCAACAGUGGUUAAAGCAUCUAGUCAAUAUACACAGUCAACUGGGUCUGAUAUAACGGUAGACGCUAUGGAUCAUCAUAAUACUAAUGCUGAUAUGGAUACGUCAGAACCCACAGUUGAAACUAUUGAAAAUACUUCUCAACCUUCACCCUUUAUAUUAAACGAGAGCAUGGAAGUGAAUCAACCUUAUUCAGAGAUUGAUAAGAACCCCUUUGAUAUAACUGAUGAAGAUAUAACAACAAAUGUGUCAUCUGAUAUUUUUGGAGUAAACGCAUCUGUUUCUCCAGUCAGCGACACUUUCCAAAAUUUACCAUCGGAAGACCGAUCUGUACAAGAUACUCUUAUCGGUGAAGAUAUGGACGUGGGCGGUGGAACUAUCUACUCAACGGAAAACGUUUUCGAUAGCGGACCAAUUAAAUUGACUCCUAAACAAGAUGUCGAUAAUUCAGUUGACUUCGGAUGGAGUCAGGCGGAAGAAAUGAUUCAAGAGACACAUACCGAAUCUCAAGAUGCUUUUGAUGCCUUUGCUGCAAAAUUCGAUUCAGUGGCCGGAAACCAUUUGACCGCAGACGCUUGGGGUGACGACGGCGGCUCUGAAGCGGCGCCCGAGGGAUUCGAAUCGGAGGUGUUCGAUCCCUUCCUACACAUGCAGGCCCCACCGGCACCCGCUGCCACGCCACGCCUUGACCACCAAGGCUCCGCUGAUUCCGCGGAUGACACGUUUUCCGUGUUCAUACGACCCAAAGACAGCGAAGCGGCAGUCGACGGCGGCGCAGUGCCGGCUUUAGCGCCUCCUCCGAGGCCCCAGAUCGUACCGGACUCGCCCAGAGCUAAUCCCUUCGAUAAGAGUGCAAUAGACACUUUACAGCAGCAGUUCCAAGCGGAGCGACCGGAGUCCGGUCGCGGCCGCUCGGGUAGCGGCGGCGAGACGCCUCCCACGCCUUUGUUCGACGACGACGUGUCGGUCCCACUCGAGGACUUUCCGCGCACCACCUACGCCGGCCCAGGCUGGGAAAUGCAUCUUAGACAACCCAACAAAAAGAAAAUUACCGGACAGAGGUUUUGGAAGAAGGUGUGGGUGCGCGUGGUGGGCGCAGGCACCGGUGAGAGCCCGGCGGUGCAAGUGUUGGCGGCGGCCGGAGACCGCGAGCCUCUGCACGAGUUGCCGCUGCAGGCUUGCUACUCCGUCUCCGACAUCGCCGCGCAGCAGUUUGACCAGUUCGGCAAGAUCUUCACUGUCAAGUUACAGUACGUCUUCUACAAGGAGAGACCGGGAGUGCGACCCGGCCAAGUGACGAAGGCGGAGCGCAUCACCAACAAGUUGUCUCAAUUCGCGGCGUACGCGAUUCAAGGCGACUACCAGGGUGUCAAGGAAUUCGGCAGCGAUCUACGGAAGCUGGGCCUGCCCGUCGAGCACGCGCCGCAGGUGUCGCAGUUGUUCAAACUAGGUUCACUCAACUACGAGCAUGUCAAGGAGUUCUCUUGCUGCGUAGAAGAAGCCCUGUUCCGCAUCGCCGCUCAUCGGGACCGCGCUCUCACCUACAAAAUGGAGGAGGUGCAAGUGACGGCCGUGGACGAGCUGUACGUCGAGCAGGAGGCGGACGGUGCGGUCGUGAAGCAGAUCGCGCGAGUCAGACUAUUCUUCCUCGGCUUUCUGAGCGGUAUGCCGGAUAUAGAAUUAGGCGUGAACGACAUGCGGCGACAAGGAAAGGAAGUGGUUGGGCGCCACGACAUCAUCCCCGUCGUCACGGAGGAGUGGAUCCGAGUCGAAGACCCCGAAUUUCAUGCCUGCGUGCAGCCCGAUGAAUUCGACAAGUGUCAAAUCAUCAAGUUCAAGCCUCCCGACGCAUGCUAUAUCGAGCUCAUGCGCUUUCGCGUGCGUCCUCCCAAGAACCGCGAGCUGCCCCUGCAGUUGAAGGCCGUGUGGUGCGUGACCGGCAACAAGGUGGAGCUCCGCGCGGACGUUUUGGUGCCCGGUUUCGCGUCACGCAAGUUGGGGCAGGUGCCGUGUGAGGACGUGGCGGUGCGCUUCCCCAUCCCCGAGUGCUGGAUAUACCUGUUUCGAGUCGAAAAACAUUUUCGCUACGGCUCCGUCAAGUCGGCUCACAGACGUACCGGCAAGAUUAAGGGCAUAGAACGGUUUUUGGGUGCCGUGGAUACGCUGCAGGAGUCGCUGAUCGAGGUGACGUCGGGUCAGGCCAAGUACGAGCACCAACAUCGCGCCAUCGUGUGGCGCAUGCCGCGACUGCCCAAGGAAGGCCAGGGUGCUUACACGAGCCACAACCUCGUCUGCCGCAUGGCACUGACGUCGUACGACCAGAUCCCAGAACAGCUGGCGCAGUGGGCCUACGUAGAGUUCACGAUGCCGGCCACGCAAGUGUCCCACAUGACGGUGCGGUCCGUCUCGCUGCAGAAUCACGACAACGACCCUCCCGAGAAGUACGUGCGGUACCUCGCGCGCCACGAGUAUCGUGUGGGCAUCGAGCGCACGAGCGGCACUCCGGCUGCCGCUUACUCUUUAGCCGCAGCGGCGCCCGAUCCCAAGCCGGAGCCCGCCCCCGCCGCCGCGCCCACGGCGCCCGCCGCGCCCUCUUCCGACUCUGAUUCGGACUAGGUCGUCAAAGGACACCGUUGCUUCUUAGUAGAUUUAUCCGAUUUUAUAAGAAAUAUAGAACAAUAACUACUUUAUUAAUUGUAAUGUAUCGAGUGGGAAGACAAAAACUUACACAGAAGUUUACAGAAGUCGCCUACUCGCUCGCCUAUAUCUAUUAUGAGAAGAUUAUCUUAUAAAUAAAUAAUUUAUAUGUGUAUAGACAUAAUAUAACAAAUAUUUUUCAAUUUGAGCGUGAC